AUGGAUCCUUGCUCAGAAAGCUCUAGCAACAGUCCCCAAGAUUCCGGUAGCGUCUCCACUGUUGCAUCUGGCUCCUCCUCCUCGCCUCCAGCAGUGGCCACCACCCCUAGCCGCUACGAGAACCAGAAACGCCGGGAUUGGAACAUCUUCUGCGAGUACCUGAAAAACCUGCAUCCACCACUCUCUGUUUCACAAUGCAGUAGUGCAAAUGUGCUUGGAUUCCUUUCUUACCUUGACCAGUUUGGAAAGACUAAGGUUCAUAACCUGACAUGUCCGUUUUAUGGGCAUCCGACAUGGCCAGACCCUUGUCCUUGUCCACUGCGACAAGCUUGGGGUAGUGUGGAUUCUUUGAUUGGCCGUCUUAGGGCGGCUUAUGAGGAGAACGGUGGUUCAUAUAAGACGAACCCUUUUGGGGCUGGAGCCGUGAGGCGUUACCUUCGAGAGGUUCGUGAUUCGCAAUCAAAAGCAAGAGGGAUCAGCUACGAGAAGAAGAAACGAAAACGGUUGCCUCCACAAGGUGAUGUUUCUUGA